CCGAGCCCCUCCGGCGGAGAGCGCCGAGCCCCUCCGGCGGAGAGCGCCGAGCCCCUCAGGCGGGCUGGCCAAGAUGCAGCCCGUGUACCAGGACGCCAAACCCAACCCUUUGCAAAACGCUAACCUCUGCUCCCGCAUAUUCUUUUGGUGGCUAAAUCCCUUAUUUCAAAUUGGUCAUAAACGGAGAUUAGAAGAAGAUGAUAUGUAUUCAGUACUUCCUGAGGAUCGUUCAAAAGCACUUGGAGAAGAAUUGCAGGGGUACUGGGAUAAAGAAGUUCUAAGAGCAGAAAAAGAAGCCAGAAAGCCUUCUUUAACCAAAGCAAUCAUAAAGUGUUAUUGGAAAUCCUAUUUAAUUUUGGGUAUUUUUACCCUGAUUGAGGAAACCACCAAAGUAGUGCAGCCAAUAUUUUUGGGGAAAAUUAUUGAAUAUUUUGAAUCUGACUCCCCUAACAAUGUAUCUUUGAAUUGGGCCUAUGGCUAUGCUGCUGCUUUGUCCUUCUGUACUCUAAUUUUGGCCAUAUUGCAUCAUCUAUAUUUUUAUCAUGUACAGUGUGCGGGAAUGAAACUUCGAGUAGCCAUGUGCCAUAUGAUUUAUCGGAAGGCACUUCGUCUUAGUAAUGCUGCCAUGGGAAAAACAACUACAGGUCAAAUAGUGAAUCUUCUCUCCAAUGAUGUGAACAAGUUUGAUCAGGUGACAAUAUUCUUGCACUUUUUGUGGGCUGGUCCAAUUCAGGCCAUAGCAGUUACUGUCCUUCUCUGGCUAGAAAUAGGAGUGUCAUGUCUUGCAGGAAUGGCAGUCCUGCUGAUCCUUCUGCCUUUACAAAGCUGCUUUGGGAGACUGUUUUCCUCCUUAAGGAGCCAGACUGCUGCUUUCACAGAUGUUAGAAUUAGAACUAUGAAUGAAGUUAUAAUGGGCAUAAGAAUAAUAAAAAUGUAUGCCUGGGAAAAGCCAUUUGCAGAGCUUAUUACACAUCUCAGAAGGAAGGAAAUUUCCAAGAUUCUUAAAAGUUCCUACCUCAGAGGGAUGAAUUUGGCGUCCUUCUUUGUUGCAAGCAAAAUAAUUGUAUUUGUUACUUUUACCACUUAUGCACUCCUUGGAAAUACUGUCACGGCCAGUCGAGUAUUUGUUGCUGUGACGCUAUAUGGUGCAGUCAGGUUGACUGUUACACUGUUCUUUCCAGCUGCCAUUGAGAAAAUGUCAGAAGCUCUUAUCAGCAUAAAAAGAAUUCAGAAAUUCUUAAUACUUGAUGAAGUAUUGCAGUCCAACAUACAGCCACUAAUGGAUGAAAAAGCUCUAGUCCAUGUUCAAGACUUUACUGGUUAUUGGGAUAAGGCAUCGGAAAUCCCAACUCUCCAAAACCUUUCCUUUACUGUCCGGCCAAGGGAAUUGUUGGCUGUGGUUGGACCUGUGGGAGCUGGCAAAUCUUCUCUUUUAAGUGCUGUGCUUGGUGAACUGCCGAGACAUAAUGGUUUGGUCACUGUAAGAGGAAGAAUUGCCUAUGUUUCUCAGCAACCCUGGGUAUUUUCAGGAACUGUUCGAAGUAACAUUUUAUUUGGGAAAAUCUAUGAAAAGGAAAAAUAUGACAAAGUAAUAAAAGCAUGUGCUCUAAAAAAGGAUUUACAGCUUUUAGAAGAUGGUGACUUAACUGUGAUAGGUGAUCGAGGGACUACACUAAGUGGAGGACAGAAAGCUAGAAUAAAUCUAGCAAGAGCAGUUUAUCAAGAUGCAGAUAUCUAUCUCCUUGACGAUCCUCUCAGUGCAGUGGAUGCAGAAGUUGGAAGGCAUUUAUUUGAACACUGUAUUUGCCAAACCUUGCAUGAGAAGAUCACCAUUUUGGUUACUCAUCAGUUACAAUACCUCAAAGCUGCAUCCCAGAUUGUGAUAUUAAAAGAUGGGAAUGUGAUGGAAAAAGGUACUUACACUGAGUUCCAAAAAUCUGGAAUAGAUUUUGGUUCACUCUUAAAGAAAGAAAAUGAAGAAGUAGAUCAAGCUCAAGUACCAGAAGUUUCCAUCCUGAGGGAUCGCUCCUUCUCAGAGUCUUCUGUGUGGUCCCAGCAAUCUUCCAAGCAUUCAUUGAAAGAAGGCCCUGCUGAGCCACUAGCGACUGAGGAUAUACCUGUUGCCCUACCUGAAGAGCAUCGUACUGAAGGAACAAUAAGUUUUAAGUCCUACCGGAAUUAUUUUGCAGCUGGAGCGAGUUGCUUUAUCAUUGUUUUGCUUAUACUUCUAAACAUUUUGGCACAGGUUGCAUAUAUCCUCCAGGAUUGGUGGCUUUCUUACUGGGCAAAUGAACAGAACAAAUUGAAUGUCACUGUAAAUGGAAUCAAAGGAAAUGAAACCAAGGAGCUAGAUCUUAACUGGUAUUUAGGAAUUUAUGCAGGAUUAACGGCAGCUACAGUUCUCUUUGGAAUAGGAAGAUGUCUGUUGGUGUUCUACGUUCUUGUGACUGCUUCACAAAAUUUACACAACAAAAUGUUUGAAUCCAUUUUGAAAGCACCAAUAUUGUUCUUUGAUAGAAAUCCAAUUGGAAGAAUUUUAAACCGCUUCUCCAAAGACAUUGGCCAUCUGGAUGACUUACUGCCACUGACAUUUCUGGACUUCAUACAGACACUUCUACAAGUAAUUGGCGUGGUAGCUGUGGCUAUAGCUGUGAUCCCAUGGAUUGCAAUCCCUUUAAUUCCUCUUGCUAUUAUUUUCAUUUUUCUUCGACGAUACUUCUUAGAAACUUCAAGAGAUGUGAAACGUCUGGAAUCUACAACUCGGAGCCCAGUAUUUUCCCACUUGUCGUCUUCUCUUCAAGGGCUUUGGACCAUCCGGGCAUACAGAGCUGAGCAAAGAUUCCAGGAAUUAUUCGAUGCUCAUCAGGAUCUUCAUUCAGAGGCUUGGUUCUUAUUUUUGACGACGUCCCGAUGGUUUGCUGUGCGUCUGGACGCCAUCUGUGCCAUCUUUGUUAUAGUCACUGCCUUUGGUUCCCUGAUUCUAGCCCAAACUCUGAAUGCUGGGCAAGUUGGGUUGGCAUUGUCCUAUGCCAUCACUCUCAUGGGAAUGUUUCAGUGGGGAGUUAGACAAAGUGCCGAAGUUGAGAAUAUGAUGAUAUCUGUAGAAAGAGUAAUUGAAUAUACAGAUCUUGAAAAAGAAGCCCCAUGGGAAUCCAAAAAACCACCACCACCAAACUGGCCACACGAAGGAAUGAUCGUCUUUGAUAAUGUUAAUUUCACUUAUAGUUUGGAUGGACCUGUGAUACUGAAGCAUUUGACUGCACUCAUUAAAUCAAGAGAAAAAGUUGGAAUUGUGGGACGAACAGGAGCUGGAAAAAGUUCCCUCAUUGCUGCCCUUUUUCGACUGUCAGAACCUGAAGGUAAAAUCUGGAUUGAUAAGAUUAUGACCACUGAAAUAGGACUUCAUGAUUUACGGAAGAAGAUGUCAAUCAUACCUCAGGAACCUGUUUUAUUCACUGGAACAAUGAGAAAAAAUUUGGAUCCUUUCAAUGAGUACACAGAUGAAGAAUUGUGGAAUGCCUUGAAAGAGGUACAACUUAAAGAAGCUAUAGAAGAUCUACCAGGCAAAAUGGAUACUGAGUUGGCAGAAGCAGGAUCCAAUUUUAGUGUGGGACAAAGACAGUUGGUUUGCCUAGCCCGGGCUAUUCUCAGAAAAAAUCGAAUAUUGAUUAUCGAUGAAGCAACAGCCAAUGUGGAUCCAAGGACAGAUGAAUUAAUACAGAAGACAAUUCGUGAGAAGUUUGACCAAUGCACUGUGCUGACCAUUGCACACAGAUUAAACACCAUUAUCGAUAGUGACAAGAUAAUGGUUUUGGAUGCAGGAAGAUUGAAAGAAUAUGAUGAGCCAUAUGUUUUGCUCCAAAAUAAAGAAAGCCUGUUUUAUAAGAUGGUACAGCAAACAGGCAAGGCCGAAGCCACCGUCCUCACUGAAACAGCAAAACAGGUGUACUUCAGAAGAAAUUAUCCAGAAGUUACUCAAAAUGGUUACAUAGUUACGAACACUUCAAAGGAACAGUCCUCAGGUCUAAUUGUUUUUGAGACAGCACUGUGAACUCAGAAGAAUGAAAAUGUUAUGUCCAGAUCAUUAAACUCUAAUGGGAUCCUCUUAGAACAGAUGGACAACUUUUAACAGUGAUUUUUGCACUAUAUGACUAGAUUGUAUUUUUGUUAUUCUUAACAUAAAAACAUAUUUAUGCACCAUA